CCCCUCCUCUCUUCCUUUCUUUAAUUUACCCUUUCAUCCAUUCUCAGCUCUCCUUCCAACACCCAUUACCCAGAAAGAGAAUGAAUAUGUUCCCAUCCUCCACAUCCUCUUCAUCUCAAAGCUCCAUGGACCCCACCGGCAGCUCCGCCCGGCUCCCUCCUCUCCACCGCCGUCGACUCAGUCAUCGGAGCCACCCGGGAAUUCCCCCCCCAACCUCACCUCGCCCCACCCACUUUCUUCUCUAAUUCCGAAGCUUCUGAACCCACACACAAACCCAACAUCAUUCACAACCUCUCAAGACCCAACAAUGAGCCCGACCCACCUAAAACAGUCGGUUUGCAGCGGUCUUAUGGGUUCUCCGGCGGAGGCGGCGCUUCUUCUUCUUCUUUGGUUCGGCACAGCAGUUCACCCGCUGGAUUUCUUAAUCAAUUAGCUACUGCUGCUGGUGAUAACGGGUUUUCGAUUACAAGAGGGAUAGGGAGCAGCUAUAAUUCUAAGGGGAUGACUGAUAAUGGUAGUGGAAUAUCAAGGUUGAACUCUCAGCUCAGCUUCACUCGGCCGAAGGAAGCGCUUUCUCGGAUCUCUGAAGAAACUGAGAAUGUGGGCGAUGGCGUUAGUACGGAUAACGCCCAACGAAAAUCUACUCAUUCUUAUGCAACUGCUGGUGGCUUUACAAUGUGGGACGACACCAAUCCUCUAACGUUUUCUGUCGCCCCACCCAAACGAGCUAAGACUAUCACUAACGACGUUGACGACAUAGAAUCUCAGUUUCAAUUUGGGUUGCCGCAAGGAGCGCUAGAGAUGGCCUCGAUGGAUAAGUUACUACACAUUCCACAGGAUUCGGUUCCAUGCAAAAUACGUGCCAAGCGUGGUUGCGCGACCCAUCCUCGUAGCAUUGCAGAGAGGGAGAGAAGGACGCGAAUCAGCGGAAAGCUAAAGAAGUUGCAGGAUCUUGUUCCAAACAUGGAUAAGACAAUUGUGGAGGCCAUAAUUCUUGUUGCAUCUUCAAUUCCAAGCAAACUAGCUAUGCUGACAUGCUGGAUUUGGCAGUACAACACAUAAGAAGCCUUCAAAAUCAGGUUCAGAAGCUCAACGAAGAACUCGAUUGUUGCACGUGUGGAUGCAAGAAAACAACGGGCUAGCAGAAGAUCGACCGGUCGAACAACUGUUGUUAAAGCAAAGAACACACAUGGUAGGGGUCUUAGUUUCAGUGAAAACAGGCUAUGCAAAGGCUGAGCAUAGCCCAGAUUUGUAUAUAAAGAAGCAACUUAUCCAGACAGACUGCGUUGUUGCUUCUAAAUUUUGGGCACAGGAUGUGUAUAUUUCUAUUUUGUUGUUCCAGAGAAGAAAUUGGCGUUUUGCACCCUCAAAAUUUGAACCCCUUUCUCCUAAUUUGCACUCUUAAAUUGGAAAAAGAAAUGGCAUUUGCAUUCUUCUGA